UUUCAGAGAAGUGCACAUAUGCUUCGCUCACAGGCAGUUCAAACAGGAUGUAGCGACUGAAACAGACCACGGAAAGAGAGAGGCAGACGCAGAAGACAAGAGCGGCUCGAACUGUGUGAUGUGACAAACAGCAGGCAGACAGAAAUGACCGCCUCAGCGGAGGAGAGGAAGACGACAAGAGGGGUCCCGGUGAGGAGGCACCUCGCCGCCGCUGGCAGGUCUUGACGGCUGCUCCCGGUGACCUGAGAGAGCCGAGCUGGAAGCAGCAGGACGCUACCCACGCUGAAAAACACGGCACAGCCGGAACAGUCCACGACAACCUUGAGAGCCACCAUGGCGAGCCAGAGCGAUUGCUGUGUGAAGGUUGCGUUGAGGAUUCGCCCUCAAAUGGCCAAGGAGAAGAUCGAGGGCUGUCACGUGUGCACGCUGGUCACACCAGGAGAACCACAGGUCCUCCUGGGAAAGGACAAGGCCUUCACGUACGACUUUGUGUUUGACAUUGACUCAGAGCAGCAGCACAUCUACCAGGCCUGUGUGUACAAGCUCAUCGAGGGCUGCUUCGAGGGCUACAACGCAACCGUGUUUGCUUAUGGACAGACGGGCUCAGGGAAGACCUACACCAUGGGGACGGGUUUUGAUGUGAGUCUGAGCCUGCAGGAGCAGGGCAUCAUCCCCCGGGCCGUUCACCAGCUGUUUGAGGGCAUCCAGAGCAGGAGGGAUCGAGCCCAAGAGACCGGCAUCCAGCCGCCAGAGUUUAAAGUCAGCGCCCAGUUUUUGGAGUUGUACAAUGAGGAGAUCCUGGACUUGUUUGAUGGAACCAGAGAUCCAGAGAGUCGCAGCAGGAAGUCCAACAUCAGAAUCCAUGAGGACGCCAACGGCAGCAUCUACACCACAGGAGUCACUUCCAGACUGGUGCAUUCAGAGGACGAGCUGCUGCAGUGCCUGAAGCUUGGGGCUCUGUCCCGUACCACAGCCAGCACACAGAUGAACGCACAAAGCUCCCGCUCACAUGCCAUCUUCACCAUCCAUCUCUGUCAGAUGAGGGUCUUUCAGCAGCAGCAAAUGAAUGGAGGAGAAGAGAACGGCGAAGUGAACGGCGUGGACUCCUCCCCCAUCGCCCAGCCGGAGUACGAGACCCUGAUGGCCAAGUUUCACUUCGUGGACCUGGCCGGCUCAGAAAGGCUCAAACGCACGGGGGCCACUGGAGAAAGGGCCCGAGAGGGAAUCUCUAUUAACUGUGGACUGCUGGCUCUUGGAAAUGUGAUCAGCGCUUUAGGUGAUCAGACUAAGAAAGGCGGACACGUCCCUUAUAGAGACUCCAAACUUACCCGACUGCUGCAAGACUCGCUGGGAGGCAACAGCCGCACAGUCAUGAUUGCCUGCGUCAGCCCGUCAGACCGGGACUUCAUGGAGACGCUGAACACGCUGAAGUACGCCAACCGUGCCCGAAACAUCAAGAACAAGGUGGUGGUGAACCAAGAUAAGACCAGCCAGCAGAUCAACGCCCUGCGUGCGGAGGUGGCCCGACUCCAGAUGGAGCUGAUGGAGUACAAGGCGGGUAAGCGUGUGGCAGGUGAGGAUGGAGCUGAAGGCUACAGCGACCUGUACCAGGAAAACGCCAUGCUGCAGAGAGAAAACGACUCGCUGCGCCUGAGAGUGAAGGCCAUGCAGGAAACCAUCGAUCAUCUCAACACACGGGUGACGCAUCUGCUGGCCAAUGAGGUCAGCACUCUGCUCACCAAGUCAAGUGAAGGCAAUGAGGAGAUUGGAACGCUAAUACAGAACUAUAUCCGAGAAGUUGAAGAACUUAGAUCCAAACUCCUUGAGAGCGAGGCCAUGAAUGAGUCACUACGACGGCAGGUGGCCCGGCUCUCCUCUCGUUCCUCGUUUCCAGCCUCCGCUCUAAGCCCAGCCCCCGGCCAUCCCCCUGGCUCCUCCCCAAUAGCCAUGUCCAUGGAGGCCGAGAUGACGGACGUUCUGCGGCGCGCCAAGUUGGACAUCGAGCGGCUGAAGAAGAAGGAAAGGCGGCAGAGAAGGCUGAGCCCAGAGUUGGAGAAAGGUCUCAAGAAACGAGUAAAGCUGCACACUCAGGAAAACGGGGAGAGUCGGCGAAGCGGCGAAAAUGGACAGAAUGGAGAGAUCGAUUCAGAUGACAAUUACACCGAGGAUAUUAUGUCUCCACUGCAGGAGGAGAGCGGCUGUGAGGAAGAUGAAGGCGAAGAUGAGGAGGAGGGCAGGGAGGAAGAGGACGAUUUUGACAGUGACGAGAGCCUGGUGGAUUCAGAUUCUGACUCGGAUGAGAAAGCCAACUUCCAGGCAGAUCUUGCCGACCUGACCUGUGAGAUUGAGAUCAAGCAGAAGCUGAUCGACGAACUGGAGAACAGCCAGCGGCGGCUGCUAAUGUUAAAGCUCCAGUACGAGGAGAAGCUCAUCCUGCUGCAGAACAAGAUCAGAGACACGCAGCUGGAGAGAGACCGCGUGCUGCAGAACCUCAUGUCCAUGGAAAACUACACUGAGGAGAAGGCCAGCAAGAUCAGGCAGGAGUACGAGAAGCGCCUCAAAGAAAUGAACCGUGAUCUGCUGAAGCUGCAGGCAGCGCAGAAGGAGCAUGCACGUCUGCUCAAAAACCAGGGGAGGUAUGAGCGGGAACUGAAGAAGCUCCAAACUGAAGUCAAUGAGAUGAAGAAAGCAAAGGUGGCGCUGAUGAAGCAAAUGAAAGAGGAGCAACAGAGAAGGAGGAUGGUGGAGGCGAAGAGGAAUCGAGAGAUUGCUCAGCUUAAGAAGGAGCAGCGGCGACAGGAGUACCAGAUUCGGGCGCUGGAGUCUCAAAAGAGGCAGCAGGAGCUGGUGCUGCGUAGGAAGACCCAGGAAGUGACGGCCCUGCGGCGCAUGGCCAAGCCCAUGUCGGACCGCGUGGCGGGUCGAGUUGCCCGCUGGAACCAGACGACUCCAGUUACGGACUCCGGAGCUGAUUUGUCGGCCAACACGACGGCAAGCAGCUCUGAGGCGGAGACUGCGAGGACUGUGAGCGGGCUGGUGCGCCAGUGGAACAACAAGAACAACGCAUAUGGAUACAUGGCAGAGAGCGAGGGGAGUGUGGAUGGGACGCGGGUGAUUAGCAGGAAGAAGCUUCAGAGGAAGCCAGCGGUCCUGGGCAGCACUGCACCUGCAGGCAGAGCCAACAGCUUCUCCAAGUCUGCCCGUCUGAAGUGGCAAACCCUUGAGCGUCGCAUCAUGGACAUCGUCAUGCAGAGAAUGACCAUCUCCAACGUAGAAGCGGACAUGGAUCGCCUUAUCAAGAAGCGAGAAGAGCUGACGAUGCAACAGGAAGCUCUCUCACAUAAAAGGGAGGUACUGAUGGCCGACGGCGAGGGGCCAGAGGCGGAGGACCGCCUCCUCCAGGAAGUCAACGAGGAGAUUGAGGUGCUGAAUGCCAACAUAGACUACAUCAAUGACAGUCUGUCUGACUGCCAGGCCACCAUCGUGCAGAUAGAGGAGACCAAGGAUGAACUGGACUCGGUGGAUACCUCAGUGGUGAUCAGCUCCUGUUCCCUGGCUGAAGCGCGCCACCUGCUGGAUCACUUCCUGAAGGCUUCCAUUGAUAAGAGCUUACAGGUGGCUCAGAGGGAGGCGCAGAUCCGACUGCUCGAGGGUCAGCUGAGGCAGACUGAUGUGAUCGGCUCGUCUCACAAUCACAUGAUCCUCGACGCGCUGAGAGAAAAGGCCGAGUGCAUUCCUGAGCUCCAGGCUCUCAUCCACAACGUCCAGCAAGAAAAUGGUUACGCCAGCACAGACGAGGAGCCCUCUGAGUUCAGCCAAGCCUCUGACAGCAGUGUGUCACAGAUGAAGGAAUCCAACAGCCAGGAUGACUUUAAAAUAAAGAUGGAGCCUCGCCUCUCGGCCCAGAUGAAGGCGGUGUCUGCGGAGUACCUCGGCCCCAUCCUGGAUCCCUCAUCAAGCAGCAAGCAGCAGCACAUCACUAAGUCCCUAGCCUCACUGACCGACAUCCAGGAGGAUGGCUUGAGUCUUGUUCCAGGAAGUCUGGCACUGAGCGUGCCCCUCCGGGACCCUUUUCACAGGGAACGAGCGUCCCGCACAAUCAGCCUUCCUGUCAGAGGACACACUUUUCCCAGACAAUCUCGAGGUUAUGACACUUCCCCUAUUACAAGAAGGAAAUCUUACGACCGUUCGUACAGGCCCACUGAUGUCUACACUCCCCCUUCCUCACCUCCUUUAAGGACAAGGAAUGAUCGCAACGUCUUCUCCAGACUGACCAGCAACCAAGCGCAAGGUUCUGCUCUGGACAAGUCGGAUGACAGCGACUCCUCGCUCUCCGAGGUGCUCAGGGGUGUGAUCAAUCCCAUUGGAGGUGUAAAGGGGGGUCGGACAGCACCCCUCCAGUGUGUCUCUGUUGCAGAGGGCCACUCGAAGCCGGUUCUGUGUGUGGAUGCUACAGAUGAGCUGCUUUUCACUGGAUCUAAAGAUCGCACCUGUAAGAUGUGGAAUCUAGUCACAGGUCAGGAAAUCGCCACCCUCAAAGGCCACCCAAACAACGUGGUGUCGGUAAAAUAUUGCCCCUCUUCUGGUCUGGUCUUCAGCGUGUCCACCUCAUACAUCAAGGUGUGGGACAUCCGUGACUCUGCCAAGUGCAUACGCACACUGACGUCAUCAGGGCAGGUGGUUACAGGAGACGCGUGCGCUGGCACAACCACCCGGACAAUCACCUUUGCUCAGGGCGAGUGUCAGAUCAACCAGAUAGCGCUCAACCCGUCAGGAUCUGUGCUCUAUGCUGCUGCCGGAAAUAUUGUUCGCAUGUGGGACCUUAACAGGAUGCAGGCAACAGGCAAACUCUCAGGCCACAUCGGUUCUGUCAUGUGUCUGACAGUGGGACAGUCUCUGCUGGGCAAAGACCAGGUCAUCACUGGCUCCAAAGACCAUUACGUCAAGAUAUUUGACGUGGCAGAAGGAACUCUGGGUAAUGUGGGUCCCGCUCAUAACUUUGAGCCGCCGCACUAUGACGGCAUUGAAUGUUUGGCCGUGCAGGGAGACGUGCUGUUCAGCGGCUCGCGAGACAACGGCAUCAAGAAGUGGGAGCUGGAGCAGCAGGAGCUCACACAGCAAAUCCCGAAUGCCCACAAGGAUUGGGUGUGCGCUCUGGCCUACGUACCUGCCCGGCCCAUGUUGCUGAGCGCCUGUCGGGGCGGCAUGCUCAAGGUGUGGAAUGUGGAAAACUUUACACCCAUAGGAGAGGUCAGAGGUCAUGACAGCCCCAUAAAUGCCAUAUGCACCAACUCCAGGCAUAUCUUUACAGCCUCCAGCGACAAGACGGUGAAGAUCUGGCUGUCAAAGGUGUGGAGGAAGAGGUGAGAAGCAAAGUGACUGUGUAUUCUCUGUCAGCCAUCUUGCUGCAACAGCAGCCGCUUCCAGCGACACAAUGUGACGCCUCAGUCGCAGUUUCCAAAGCAAUCAAGGUGUGGAUCAUGCAGAAAAACGGUGGACCGGGAAGUCAAGAAAUAUGCCUUUCAGAAUUUUUUUUUUACUGCCAACUUUCAAAGUGCCAUUCUGCUGUGGUGCUACUUGGAGAUAAAUGUUGUCAGCCUGGUGAAGCGUCCGCCAAGCAAAACAAUUUCUCACCUGACAUGAAAACAACCACCUACAGCCUGGUACUAAAUGAAAGUGUCCUUCUGUUCUUUCACCAAGGUUUCAGGCAGUGAGAGAUUAAUCUGCUUAUGUAUCUGCUGGACUGCAGUAUUAGGGACUGUCUCACAAACAUUUUGGCUGCUUAGAAACUGAGCACAUUAAAAAAUCAUGUCAAAUGGUCAUGGCAGUGGAUCGGUGGACUACUGCUCAAACGUCACUGGAAAAUUACAGACCACUCCUAAUUGGCAUCCAGUUUUAGCAGUUGUAUGACUAAUUGUUUGUCAUGUUUGUGUUUUUUUUUAAUCAUAAUUUCUAAUUUAUUGUUUUUCCUACCUCACUCGUUUUGAACUCUGACCUGAGGUGGGUAAAAAAACAAAAACAAAAAAAAAAACAACAAAAAAACAUUUUUACAGGUCUUUGUGUGGAAACACUUGCUGCUUUCUGUCUCAAUUAAUCACUAUCGCUGUAUGGAUGCGUCCUGUGCGGGCCCCCUGGCAAUCACACCGUCUGGUUGCAGAACAGAUAUGGAGGUAGCGUCGGUCCGGCAGGACCUGGCUGAAUCUCCUUAUCUCUUCUGGAAAGGCUAACUGCAGCCAAAGUAAGAAAAAGACAUGCAGUUUGCUGACAGCAUGAGCACUCCUCGAGGAGAUGUGUGGCAGGUAUUACACUGCGGCCAAAAUGUCGGAUUGUAAUGCUGUCAACCUGCAGAACGGGUGCCGUUUUUGCCAUUUAUCAUUCAAAGCUCCCACUCCAACAUUUUGUCUCUUUCUUUUUUUAAGGUUGCGCUUCACACUGACCUUACUUUGGAGUCCACCUUCUUUCCAGCUUCUAAACUUCUCCCAGAAGCCAAUUUAAUUAGAGCUCGGCUCUUCCAGCUGCUUUUCAGGCAAGAUUUCUUGUGUGAAAGUAGGUCAUCACUGAGAGGGAUUCUUUUCUUUCCCCUCUUUAUUUUUUUUUUUGAUUCCCAGUUUUCUUCCACCCACCAUUUAGCUGCUACACUUUCAAGCAGGAAUAAACUUCCUGCGCCUGUGCACUGAUGUACAAAUCUGUUUAUGUGGCAGAUUAGGCGUGUGGGCAACACGCACAUAUGCACAUGCCACGGAUAAAUAAACAGUCUGAGAAGAUGUUUCGGCUAUCCGUCUUGUUUGAUGCGUCUUGGCAUCUUUCACUGUGUUGAUUUAGAGUCUCCAUAAUAACACAGAGACAUGCACUCUAAGGGGUUGCAGCAUGCUCUAAGUCGGCUCCAUUGCCUUUUGGUUGCCUGACACCUCCCAAUACUGAAAAUAGCUCCACAUAAUUUCAUUAUAUCCUACCUUUUGCUUAACACUCCAUCAAAAGAAAAAAAAAGAAAAGCUUGGACAACCUUCAAGCUUCCUAUCACUCAAAUGUCUUACUCCUUAAUUAAAAAAAAAAAAAAAUAUCAUCAGUUUAUGUCUGCUUGUCAUGUUCUGCUUAGCAAUAUGUUUUGAAAAACCAUGUUUUGCUCAUUUGGUGCACUUUUCCUCGCAGAAGACCCAGAGUCGAACAGUAUGUAGUUGAAUUAUGAGUGAUGCUUGCAUCAGAAAACUGAGUUCAGAGGAGAAAAAAAUAGAAAAAACAAGUUUCCUGUUAAAUGUCCUGCUGCUGCUUCAUGUGUCCAACACGAAUCUGAAGCUGCUUAAACUUGCCAAAAGCAAUUUUCUUGGUUGUAGUGUUCUGCUUAGGGGAAAAAACAUGAUUAUUCUAAUAAAGCUUUGUCUUGAAUAAUAUUUUGCUAUGAUUAGAAACUCAGGUAUAUGUGGAAGGAUGAUUUAAAACUUCAGUCAUAAUGUGACCCUGCGAACUAGCUUUUUUUCUACCAACCAAAUGCCUUGUUUGUGAGAAUAUUAUUAUUUUUGAACAGAAAUGGUACUAUCAGUGUUUCAUACCACUUUGUGAAAUACUCAUUUUCCAUGUUUCACUUUUCCAUUUGAUGCCCUUUACUUCUUAUCUAUGUACUGUGCCAGUUUUACACGGCACCUUCCCAAACUGGUCAAAACUGAAUGCCUUGAAAAUGUGCACUGAUAUAUGUUUUUUUUUUUUUUUUACCAUAAUGACAUCUUUAAAAUGUGUACAGUAUGUAAUAUAUGUACGUAGCUGUCCUGUAAAGCUGGAGUGACUGGUACAUAACGUGGUCAUUAGCAGGGUAAUGAACUUCCACAGAGGAAAAGAGUAGAAAAUCUUGACCAUGAAUCUGUUGAGCCCUUCACUGCAUUUUUCUGUGCUAAUUGCUCUUUUGGACUUCUGCUUGUUUUUAGAGGCUUUGUAGAUCCACAGCUUUAGAUAAGCUGCUGCCCAUCGCUUGUACAUUUGCUAAGGGUUUGUAAUGUCAGUAGUGUCAAUUGGUUGAUUUAACCUCUUCAAACAUUGCUGUUCAGUGGGUGACUUGGUUUUCUGUAUGUUGCUGAACUAACUGAUUAUUUAUUACCAUUGACAUGGUUGUUUUUCCUGGACCCUGAACAGUUUGCCAAGAAUAAGAGUUACUCAGAAAAUGCAAAGAGUUUACGUGGUGCAUCUUAAUAGAUUUAAAUAUUAUUGAAAGUUUAAACUUGUAACCAAUCUGUGCAUUGGUUACAGGUUUUAUCCAUUAUCCAUUAAUUUUGGUGAUUGUACAAUUACCUCAAUCAUUUGAUUGGUAUGAAUUUUAUACUCCCACAUUUUUUUCACCCAUUAAUGUACUUUGGUGCAGAACUGUUUGAACAGAGACCUUAACUGGAAGUGACAAAAAAAAAAAAAAAACUUGUCAGAAAAUUUGAUAUUUUAUUUUAAAGCCAAUUAAAAAAAAUUAUUAAUCUAAAUCUGUUAUGGUCAUAAGAUUGCAUAUUUGAGAGUUGUUCAGCAGACAGUCCUGGACAGCCCCAGUAAGGGCCUGAAGCCCUAACAGGUCAUUUUUAAAGCUGCAUCAGUAAUGGAGUUAAAAAAAAAAAAGAAAAGCAACAUUCAUAACAGAUUCACAGAAUGAUAUAUCAAGAGUUUUACUUUUAAAAAUUGUUACGAAAAAACCUUUUUGAAGAUAUUCUAAGCUAUUGAGAUGCACAUUUUACUGUUUUCUAUGGACCCCAAGCUCUGACACUUCAAACUAUUCAGCACCACCCCAUUACUUGAUGUGUAAAUAAUUGUACCAUAUGAUUUUUUUAAAGCAUUGUAGCAAUUAAUUUGAGUUUAACUGACUUCUUUCAGUUCAGUUGGUCUCAGAUUGAUCUCUGCAAUUUAGGAUUCACGAGCACUUUGGAAAACAAACUUGCUGCAAACACUUUACACAUUGUUUUCUAGAUGUAGAUGAAGCCAUGUUUUUAUCUUACCUUAUCAAAAAAAUUGCAGACAUUGUCCUAAAAAAAAAGCACACCUGUUUAAAUCUACUGUAGGUUUAGAAGUAAGUUAUCAUGUUAUGUCUAAGAAAUAUUAUAUGCUGGAAAAAGAAAAACAAAAUGUAAUCCUAGCUUUCAGAUUUGCUUUUUAAUCCCAUUUUAGGACAUAACACAACUUUAUAGAUGCUCAGGAGACUUUAUCUUCUCUUUUGUAAUUGUCUUGAUAUUCAAGUUCAGUUGUCAAUAAUAACCACAAACCACGUUAAACUGUUUACUACGCAAUCAGGAAUGUAUGCUAAUCUUGCUAAUUCUGAUUCAUGCAAUACAAAAUAGGCAACUUCUCAAGAAUGCUGGAAAUAUCUUAAAAUAUAGGAAUGAGGAAAAAAAAAAAAAACUCAGUAUGCAGUGGAACAGUCUACCUCACGAGCUGCAUACUGCAAAGCAAAGUGCUUAAAUGUCUGGUCAAAAAAAGAAAAAAGCUUGGGAAUUGAUGAAAGCAACAUUGUAAUAUAAUUUAUCGAACUGUCAAGGAAAAUUUCAUCCUUGGUAGAUCAUGCAAAUUUAUCCAAAUCGCUCAUAUUUUGGAAAACAUUAAGAGAUACUUGCUUUUACAGGUUAAGCCUCCCAGAGCAUACUGCAAUAAGAAGUAAGUAGUAGGUGGCUUUGAACGCAGCAUGCAUUUAUUUGUUUAAAUGCCCAACACUGGUCGCCUCCAGCUCAGUGUAAACCUCAGUAUCCUGAUUUAUUGUCAGUACACAUAGCGAACUCCACUGUCUGGAGAAGCACAGUCAUUUUCUAAUAAUAGCAUGAGAAACCUAUGUUUAAAGGUUUGGACAAAUACAGAUGCACCAAAACAGAAAACAUCUGAUGAAAGGGAUAUUUAAUUUGUUUUAAGGUAGGGUCGUGUUGAAUGGUUGACACAGUUUGGAGAAAAGUGAGAAAUUCUCAUGGGCGAAAUCAAGCAAAAUGCUGCACAGGCUCAGUAAAGAUGUAUGUCAUUCAUUGUCUGAAAUGAAAACAAUAUUCCUAUUUUAGAUGGCAUAUUUGUUAUGAGUACACUUUUGCAUGUAGAACUUGUUUACGUUGCUGUUUUCAUUGUUAUGCUGACUGUGAGGUGGAGUUUUUUUUAAAACGCUGCCAAUCAGCUAAAUCGUUUAGGUCUGGAAUUUUGGUAUUAAGAAAACAUUUUUACCUGUUAGUGAAGUUUUAAGAAUAAACUGGGAAAGUGUGGGUUUUGUUUGGAGAAACAUUUAGCUGCUUCAGUUUCUAUAGAAACACAGAGCUAAGGUAAAAAAAUAAAAUAAAAUAGUGCAAACGUUAGCAACAUCCGUUAGACAUUAAUUCCAGAGUGUAGAGGUUCUGUGGAGUUGUCAUCACUAAUGGCUCCUUUACAUAUCAUAACUCCAUGAGCUUGUAGAAAAAUUAUGUAAAUCCUGAGUGUUGGAUGACUAACAAGCUAUGUAGAUGUUUUAGCUGACUUUAGCUGUUUUAAACAACUUAAACUCAAAAUUGCUCAUAUAAAUGUGAAACGAUGUUUUGUCUGCAACAUCACAGAGACCUCAGAAUGGUGCAGUUGUUUUUUUUUUUCAGCUGAUGAUGUUACUGACACAAAAAUCAAACGCUUACAAUUCCCACACUGACCCUAAUGGACCUGGCAAGUUGCUGCUAGAUCAAUCAGCUAGAUGGAUCCAGCUAAUUAAAACCUACAAAUCCACAAUGUUACCUCACAUAGCAAUAUCAAACUCAACACUGGCCUUCUGUGAAAUUGUAGGAAGCUUUUUUACUCUGAUAAGAUAAUCCCGGGUGAUGCUGUGUCCAGUGAUUUAAACAUUUCCAUUUUUAAUUGUUGGAAAUUCCUAACAUCAGCUCAAAAAAGGGAAACUAUCUCCAACUACAUUCUGACAUACUUAGGACUUAUUUUCCAACAGGCUCACAAUGAUAUGUUUCUACAAGAAGUAAGAUAGCUUUUACUGAUGAGUAAAAAAAUCAGGACUACCCUGUUAGGUAAAAAAUAAAAACAUCCCACAAAGGUUGAGUACUACUUGUAUGGCAGGAAGCUGAUUUUGAAUGUGCCUACUAUUGGUAGUGUCAGCUUGAUUCUCUCAUGAUAACUUCAGCCUGGUUUUCAAGACUAAGGUUAAUCUCACUGUUGUCUACUACAGGCAAUAUACUGACUCCUCAACUGCCACUAAACAACAAACCCACUUAGCACAAACCAACUAUCCCUUUAAUAUUACCCAUUGCCUAAAAUUAAAUUAAUUAAUGGCAUUUACACACCAUCAUGUGGGCUCUUGAUCGAGAGAGCACUUGGCUACUCUGUCACACUUCAACACGCAUCUUCUCUUACAGCUGCUUCAGUAGAUUUCAUCCAGGAUCUCGUGUCAUGCUAACACAAUGUCAGACGAUGUAUGUGAAAUAUGUACACUUAGGAUAAAAAUGUAGGUUCAGAGGCAAGGUGUGUCUCCUGUUGCACACACUAAGCCCUCUGUAGUGUAAAUGUGUGUACAGAUUUUAUAAAUAAUUAUGCAUGUAAUGAAGCCAUGUACAAUUAUUUGUGAAUAAUGUAAAUAAAUAUUUAAUGAAGAAUCCAAUAAAUGAGUUCAAACCAA